CUGUGGGCGGCCACUCGCCUUCUAGCGCCCUGGAAUCUCGAGUAGCCGCGGUUCUCGCGAUCUUUCCAGAGCCGAUCUUGCACGCGGGUUUAGACCGCGUGUGCUGAGACUAGCCGGGAGGGCGGAGAUUGUGUGGGUGGGAGAAACCCCUUUGGCCUGUCCUACGGAAGCCUACGAGGGAGGGUAGUGACUGCUGCCCGGUCCAGUUGUCCAGAUGCCCAGCGCCAGCGCCAGCCGCAAGAGUCAAGAGAAGCCGCGGGAGAUCAUGGACGCGGCGGAAGAUUAUGCUAAAGAACGAUAUGGAGUAUCUUCAAUCAUACAAUCACAAGAUAAGCCAGAUCGAAGUUUGGUUCGGGUUAGAGACUUGACAGUACAAAAAGCUGAUGAAGUUGUUUGGGUGCGUGCAAGGAUUCAUACAAGCAGAGCUAAAGGGAAGCAGUGUUUCCUAGUCCUUCGUCAGCAGCAGUUUAAUGUCCAGGCUCUUGUGGCAGUUGGAGACCAUGCAAGCAAGCAGAUGGUUAAAUUUGCUGCCAACAUCAACAAAGAGAGCAUCGUAGAUGUAGAAGGUGUUGUGAGAAAAGUGAAUCAGAAAAUUGGAAGCUGUACACAGCAAGAUGUAGAGUUACAUGUUCAAAAGAUUUAUGUGAUCAGUUUGGCAGAACCUCGCCUGCCUCUACAACUGGAUGAUGCUGUCCGACCUGAGGUGGAAGGAGAAGAGGAAGGAAGAGCUACUGUGAAUCAAGAUACAAGAUUAGACAACAGAGUCAUUGAUCUAAGGACUUCAACUAGUCAGGCAAUCUUUCGUCUGCAGUCUGGCAUCUGCCAUCUUUUCCGAGAAACUUUAAUUAACAAGGGUUUUGUGGAGAUCCAAACUCCUAAAAUUAUCUCAGCUGCCAGUGAAGGAGGAGCCAAUGUAUUUACUGUGUCAUAUUUUAAAAAUAAUGCAUACCUGGCUCAGUCCCCACAGCUAUAUAAGCAAAUGUGCAUUUGUGCCGAUUUUGAGAAAGUCUUCUGCAUUGGACCAGUUUUCAGAGCUGAAGACUCAAAUACCCACAGACAUCUGACUGAAUUUGUUGGCUUGGACAUUGAAAUGGCUUUUAAUUACCAUUACCAUGAAGUUGUAGAAGAAAUUGCUGACACUUUGGUGCAGAUAUUUAAAGGACUUCAAAAAAGGUUUCAAACUGAAGUUCAGACGGUGAAUAAACAGUUCCCAUGUGAACCAUUCAAAUUUUUGGAGCCAACAUUAAGACUAGAGUAUUGUGAAGCAUUGGCAAUGCUUAGGGAAGCUGGAAUUGAAAUGGGAGAUGAAGAAGAUCUCAGUACACCAAAUGAAAAACUGUUGGGACGCUUGGUGAAAGAAAAGUAUGAUACAGAUUUCUAUAUUCUUGAUAAAUAUCCUUUGGCUGUAAGACCUUUCUAUACCAUGCCUGAUCCAAGAAAUCCUAAAGAGUCUAACUCUUAUGAUAUGUUCAUGAGAGGAGAAGAAAUACUAUCAGGAGCUCAAAGAAUACAUGAUCCCCAGCUGCUAACAGAAAGAGCUUUACAUCAUGGCAUUGAUUUGGAGAAAAUUAAAGCAUAUAUCGAUUCCUUUCGCUUUGGAGCCCCUCCUCAUGCUGGUGGAGGCAUUGGAUUGGAACGAGUAACAAUGCUGUUUUUGGGAUUGCACAAUGUUCGUCAAACCUCGAUGUUUCCCCGUGAUCCAAAACGACUUACUCCUUAAAGAAAGCCGUGAUUUUUUUUUAGUCUUCCCAGUAAUCUGCUAUUGACCGGGCUGUACCUUAAGUACUUAAAAUAUGCAAUAGAAUAAAUGUCUUCUCUGAAGUGCCAUAAUUCUGGAUUAAUUCAGUACAGACUACUUUAAAACAAGAUUUUUAUAACCUGGGACAUGCUUCUGUAGGAAAUAGUUGAACGUUUUAAUGAAUAAUUCAUGUUAAAAAUUCAUAUUGUAUGACUACAAUAAAUGUCAACAAUUUUGAAGUUAUGGUUGUAUAGUUUUCUUUUCAUAACCACUGUGAAAAAUGGCCAUAAUACUAAUAAAUGUUUUAAAUUUCUCGAUAUUUAAUCUUAUUUUAUAAAAUUCUGACAUUGAAAUAACAUUUUAGGAAUAUCUCUGAGAUUUUAAUGAUUGUAUAAUUGGCAUACCAUGAAAAAUUAAGCAGAAAGUCAAUUCUAAAAAAAUCCCAGAAAUCAUGUAAAGCAUGAGAAAAUACUGG